AUGACGACCUCAGGUACAUCCGCUGCUUCAUUUGAUUCGGACAUCACAAAGGCACUGUUCUGUCACUGCUGUCAAGUGGCCUGUCAUCGCUUUCGUCCUGCCCGACCCUGCAGCUUUUGCCACAUGCUUGUAUGUCCAUUUUGUUCAUGUGGUACGGAGCCCCAUGUACUGUGCAAAGACUGUCAGCCUCAAGUACGUGGCGCUCAACCGACGUUCUCCUUCCGGCAUCUCUUAUGGCGUUUUAAGAUGCUGCCAUUCGGUUGCCAUGGCGAGAAGUGGCUCUAUCUAGUACGCAAACGUCAGACUUGUGUGGUACCUACAGAACUUAAAGGAGAUGAAUAUCAAUGGCUGGUGCAUCAAUUGCCGAAACAGCAUAGAGUUUCUGGGACAUAUUUGGAGCAAGUACGGACACUUAACAGGGAUGUCGAUCGUACAUUUCAGCAGCUGCAGAUACGAAUUAUCAACGCAAAGCGAUCAAACUUUUUAGUCAAGUCACUGUAUUCACCGUCUGAAUUUAUGACGUGGAAAUCUACCACGCAUCAGCUGUUGAGCAUGUUCCUGAUGCUCAAACCUCAAAUCGGAUACUGCCAGGGUAUGACGUCUAUGGCAGCGGUACUCGUUCAAGAGUCCAAGAUGAAUGGUGAGAUUGCGUUCCGGUUGUUCCUGGCUUUAACGGAAAAGUACAGACUGGACAACGUCUAUGGUCCCGACAUGAAAGAUGUGAAUCUUCGCUACUUUCAGCUCGACGAAGCAUUAAGGCUGCACUUACCACGUCUGCAUGCCCACCUGUCGGAACACGAUAUUCAUCCGUCGACCUACGCAUCUUCCUGGAUCCUAACGUUGUUUACUGAGUGUAAGCUGUUCCAUCACCGCUAUGCCAUCGCUUUCCUAGAAUUGUUCUUUGAGUUUGGCUGGAAAGUAUUUUUUCAGACUUGUUUAGCUAUCUUUAGUACUAUUGAGGCUCCACUGUUACGGAGGUCAUCUUCCGAGGAAAUAUUUACUUACAUAUCCAAGGUCACGUGGUUCUAUCGACACAAGGCCGAUAAUGAUCUUAACCGAUUCUUUGCGACUGCAAGGACGUUCAAUAUCUCAAGCUCUUUCCUGGCCGUGUUGCAAGGCGAAUACUCGACUGAGGCCAGCAUGAGCAUGAACGAAUACGACUGA